GCAAGCUCCAUCCGUCACCGAUUCCAUCACCACAUCGCCUCAACCCUUCCACAACACGUCGCGGAUCCCAUUGCCUUCCCACAAUCCUCGUCCCGCAACACCGUAUCAACCACUGCAUACCACAGUCACACCACAAUGGAGCGCUUCAGGAACCUGCUGGGCGGCGGCGGCAUGGGCCUUGGAGGCGCUGCACCGGGCACGGAUAACACAAAUCUCAUCGACAACUCCGAGACCGUAUACAUCUCGUCCCUGGCCCUGCUAAAAAUGCUUCGACACGGCCGUGCUGGUGUGCCCAUGGAGGUCAUGGGUCUGAUGCUGGGCGAGUUUGUCGAUGACUUCACCGUCAAGGUCAUGGAUGUCUUUGCCAUGCCCCAAAGCGGCACGGGCGUCAGUGUUGAGGCCGUUGACCCCGUCUUCCAGACCAAGAUGAUGGACAUGCUGCGGCAGACGGGAAGGCCCGAGUCCGUCGUGGGCUGGUACCACUCGCAUCCAGGCUUCGGCUGCUGGCUCUCUUCGGUUGAUAUCAACACCCAACAGUCGUUUGAGCAGCUGAACCCUCGCGCCGUGGCCGUCGUCGUUGACCCCAUCCAGUCUGUCAAGGGCAAGGUUGUCAUCGACGCAUUCCGUCUAAUCAACCCUCAGCUCCUUAUGAUGGGGCAGGAGCCUCGACAGAGCACAAGCAACCUGGGACAUCUGAACAAGCCCUCGAUCCAGGCCCUCAUCCACGGCCUGAACCGACACUACUAUUCGAUAGGCAUCAACUACCGCAAGACGGCGCUCGAAGAGAACAUGCUGAUGAACCUGCACAAGCACGUGUGGACCGAGGCCUUGCAGAUGGACGACUUCCGGACAGAGGGCGAGAAGAACAAGGAGCGGCUACAGAGGCUGGUGGCGCUAGCCGACGGCUACGAGAAGCGCGUCAAGGAAGAGACGGAGCUGACCAAGGACCAGCUCAAGACCAGAUAUGUUGGCAAGCUGGACCCCAAGAAGCACUUGGAGGACGUUGGCCAGGAGCUUAUCGAGGACAACAUUGUCUCGGUGUCGCGGCAGAUGAUUGACAAGGAGGCGACGAUGCCAAAGAAAGAUGCAGGGCACGCCAACGGCGAGCGGAUGGAGGUGGAAGAAGAUUUGUAAGGAUGGCGAGCGCGUUAUUCCCCUGGGUUCGGGCCUUGCACUUGCACUGUACGACUACUAGGCGUUAGCGGUGGGCGGGACAAGACGAUUAGACGAGGCAUCAAGCUGCGUUGGGCCAUUCACUGGGUGGGCGGUCGCGUGUGUGUGCUCAAACAUGUGCAGGACAAGUCGGCUGUGUGCUGUCCUUUGUUGCGGACGGCUUCGCGAACAACGACCACAGCGAACGCCCGCGGAACCGCUUCGUCUUCACCGUGGACAUUUGCAGUCGAUGGAUCUGUCGUCACCAUUUAAAAAGUCUAGGCUCAUCUCCGAUUAUUGGUCGCUUUUCCCUUCCUCCUUACUCGUGUAGACACGGCCAUCCUUCUCUCUCUGGUCGCAAUCAUCACCGUCUGCGGCAUUGCCCAAGGC